UUCUGCUGGCGGAGGUGGGGAAGACGCCCCUGACUUGGAUACUCUAUAUUGAGCGCACGAGGAAGACGCCCCCGAAUUCGGAACUCCGAUUGGCCACAGGCAUGGACGCAGCCCCACCCACUCACUGAGGAAAGUAAAUAAGACUCUGCAAGAAUUUUCAGCAACGCCACCACAGCCACAGCGCGAGGGGGUGUGGCUAGCUCUGGGGGCGGGGCUAUGGAAGAUUACCCUAUGGGGCGGGGAAACGAGACAGGACAGAGGGUUGGGAAAUAGGAUUUCUCUCUGGGGGCGUGGCUUAUGGACCCUAGCUUUCCCGCCGACGGUUGGCAACGUCACGUGACAUGGGUUGGAAGAUGGCGUCUCCCACAGACGGGGCAGAUCUAGAAGCAUCUUUGCUAAGUUUUGAAAAACUUGACCGUGCUUCACCAGACCUUUGGCCAGAACAACUACCAGGUGUUGCUGAAUUUGCAGCUUCUUUCAAAAGUCCCAUUACUAGCUCCCCGCCCAAAUGGAUGGCUGAAAUAGAACGCGAUGACAUUGACAUGUUGAAAGAACUGGGGAGCCUCACCACAGCUAAUUUGAUGGAGAAGGUACGAGGCCUUCAGAACCUGGCCUAUCAGUUGGGGCUGGAUGAGUCCAGAGAAAUGACACGGGGGAAAUUCCUCAACAUUCUAGAGAAGCCGAAGAAGUAGCAGCUGCUUGUGGUCAGGAUGUCCUGGGGACUGGAGCCAUGCAUCCCUCCCAGUGCAGCUCAGAGGAUGCAUACCCACUGCUUCCUGGCCAGAGGCUGGAGGGUGCACCUCCAGGACUGACCCUCUCCCUGCUCCUGGCACUCUGCGACUCUGAGGACUUUAGGCGGCAAGAGAAGAAUAUGCUCCACCCAAGGAUCAGUGCAGUUAGUCAGUCAGCUUCCAGACUUUGACCGUCUCAGCCUCGGAUGUUGGAAACACCAGAGGACAUGUCAUUCUUCAAGGUCAAAGUCCUGCUUUAUCAUUUUUUGGAAGUGAUUCAGGAGCUCCGGGAUCUUACACUUGCUUUGAUUCAGCGAUGGCAAAGUCAGUUGUGACAUGUUGAUUGGACACGUUCUUUUGAGUUGUACUUGAUCUCUUAGGAAGCAUUUGUGAUUCGAGGAGUCCAGAAACCAUUUACGCUCUGGACCAGACCAUGUAGCUUGACCUGUGAACUCUCCACUGUACACUAGGUUCCAACAAUCCCCAGCUGGAGAAAUGCUUUUAAAUUUCUACAUCUCUCAUGGUAGUCCCAUCCCCCAAAGCCUGCUAUUCCCCACCUUCCAGCCCCCACCAGCAGUUCUGACUCCAGGGAAGGGGAUCCCUGCAUAUCAGGUCCUUCCUGGGACCACCUUCUUUAGUAAAGGGCACGUGCAAGGCUUCAUUGGGUUCUAGACCUCAAGACCAACUUGAAGGAGACAAGUUAAUCUAAUGUUAGAGAUUCAAGCCAGAAAGUCAGCAUGGCUGGAAAGAUCCGAGAAGGGGAUUGAUUGUAGGAGUUCCCACUUGAUUAAAAACUAGAAAUUCUAAUUGACCUUAAAGGAAUGUGCUGUGGAAUGGUGGCAGUGUCUUGCCCCCCCUCCCUUGUCCCAUCUCACAGCACAGAUUAGAUAUCUCUCUCAUGUGACAGAAACACACACAAGAAAAAGAGAAUUCCUGACUUUACAACUCUUAGGGAGCUCUUUACCAGUUAUCUGUCUCUAUGUUAAAACCCGAAAAUCUAGCCUGCUGGUGAAAUGGAUUAUACGUGUUCUCCUUAUUUUGCCUUCUAAGCCGGCCCCCAGCUUCUGUUAUUUUGAGGCGUACAUGGAGUUUCCUAAGCCUCAUGAAAAGAACAUCCAUGUGGCAGUGGUGUGUGGGUGUUCGGACACAAAGAACAUUGUUACGGUCAAGCUUUUGGUCCCGCGUGUCUGUUGGGGCACAGCACUACUCACUUUAAUCGCUGGUUUAUUAACCAUUUUCUGACACUUCUGCCUGGUUUCCCAUGCUAGAAUUAAUGUCGGAUUUUUUUCUCUCAUUUGUGCAUUUGGCUAUCCAUGCAAUUUUACUUAUUGAUAAAGGGGGUGGAAUUUAACACAGGACAUAAAGGAGAGUAUGAGAAGGAAAACAUUCUGCUUGGAUGCUUAUAGAAAGUUAGACUAUAGGGGCUUUGAUCUUUAAGUAAAGUUUAUUAUUGACAUUCCUUUAUCUUAAAUGCGGUUAAAGAGUGUGAAAGAUGGGGAGGGAGAGAGAAGGGGGAGGUGUGCAAAAAAAAAUAGCGCCAUAAUGUCAAAUUCUUGCUUUGCUCUGUUUUUGAGAGUCGAUGACAUCAGGCACUUCCAAGUGCUUCUAAGUGCUUGGGAAAUACAUGAAGAACAUUGGGUAACCUCCCCCAAACCAACUUCAGUCUGCAAAGUGAAGCUCUGUAGGUGGUUUUUUGGUCUGCUUUGGCCUCUUCCUUUUACUGUCAUCUUAUUCACCAGCACUUAAUGUAAGUAGAUGUUUUAGAAUUUCAAUAUUUAUUGGUUUUGUAUUUGUCGUCCUUAGAAAUGUUAAUGAUGUAUUUUUAUAUUGAUAAUAUAAAUUUAUGUACAACGUGUGCAUGUGUGUAUUUCAGGGUGUUGGAAGAUCGUACUUUGUAUAUGAUGGUUUCUGUGUCGUCAUAAUAAAUAUGUCCCUUUUA